AUGGAAAUAAGUGAAGAAAGUCGUGAUGGUGUAAGUUCUUCCUCUAUUUGUGCUACAACAUUGGAAGCUAUGUCUAAUGGGGAUGGACGUUCUAAUGGAUGUUCUUUACUCGUUGGAACACCCCCAACAAGCACAACAAUUAUUAAAGAGGAAGAUUCGAGUGAAUUUGUUUCUGGAAAUGAAGAUGAAUUGGAGCUUACCUUAGACGGAUUUAAAAUGGAAGUUGAAUGUGAAGAUGGUAAAGACGAAUUAACAGAAUAUGGAGGUUUUUCAACCAUGGAAGAACAAAAACAAUUUGUCCGUUAUGCCCCACUUUUGGAAUAUGGACAAGAAAUUUCACGUUUUGCAAUGAAAAUGGAUAAUAUUAGUAAUGUUGGGGUAGAUGAUGGGCAAAGUGUUCAAAGUUGUGCAGCACUUAGGCACAGAAUGAAUGCUGCUUUCUCACUUUUAUGUUAUCGUGAUCCUAGUCAUUCUACCAAUUUUUAUUUACUUGAACAAACUCAACGUGAUAUUGUAGCUAAAGCACUUAAUGCUGCAAUUAUUGAAUCCCACGGCAAAGAUGGUACCUCACCUUUAGAAAAAUGCCUUAACCGCGCGCGUUUUAUACGUGAACAGGCUUUGACAUAUUCUGCUUCUGCAGUUUUUACUGAUGCUAAUCGCCUUUUAUUUGGUGAAGGAGAAGGUUGUUUGGAUGCUUGUGGCAACAACGAAAAAACUGAAGUUCAUCAAGAAGAAGGAAUUGACGUAAUAAAAGCUCCUUUUACACAUUUACCAAAAACGCCACAACGUUUGAAGGAGACAAAAAAGAAUUUAUAA